AUGGUUCUGCUGAGUGCAAUAACAAAGAGUUUGGGCAGAGCAUAUGCUCUGGCUUUUGCUGAAAGAGGAGCUUCAGUAGUUGUGAAUGAUCUUGGAGGUGAUUUCAAGGGAUAUGGCAAGAGCUCCUCAGCUGCUGACAAAGUUGUCAACGAAAUCAGAGCAAAAGGAGGGAAAGCAGUACCCAGUUAUGAUUCAGUGGAAGAUGGUGAAAAGCUUGUGAAGACAGCACUUGAGGCUUUUGGGAGGAUAGAUAUUGUUAUAAACAAUGCUGGGAUCCUAAGAGACCGUUCAUUUGUUCGGAUAAGUGAUGAAGAUUGGGAUAUAAUUCAUAGAAUUCAUUUGAGGGGAUCUUUCCUGGUCACUCGAGCUGCAUGGAAUCAUAUGAAAAAUCAGAAAUUCGGCAGAAUAAUUAUGACUUCCUCAGCCGCUGGAAUAUAUGGAAACUUUGGUCAGGCAAACUACAGUGCUGCAAAACUUGGCCUUUUGGGUCUUUCAAACACAAUUGCAAUUGAAGGCCGGAAGUAUAACAUCCACUGCAACACAAUUGCUCCUACUGCUGGAUCCAGACUGACCCAGACUGUAAUGCCACAAGAUCUGGUCGAUGCUUUCAAACCGGAGUAUGUUGCUCCCUUAGUUGUUUGGCUUUGCCACGAAAGCUGUGCGGAGAAUGGCGGUCUGUUUGAGGUAGGAGCUGGGUGGAUUGGAAAAUUGCGCUGGGAGCGAUCCUUGGGUGCUAUUGUCAGAGGAAAGAAUCAACCAAUGACUCCUGAAGCAGUGAGAGAGAAAUGGGAGAAUGUCUGUGAUUUUGAUAAUGCCAGCAAACCCAGAAGUAUACAAGAGUCCAUAAGUGUAUUGAAUGAUGCUCUAAGUCAGAUAGAGUCUCAAGGGAAUGUUUCUAUCAAUUCAACAAGCUCUGGGUCAGUGGUCUCAUCAUCUGUUGACAUGGCAAGCAUUAUUGGCCGAGAAUUGGCUACCAACGUGUAUAAAUAUACUCACUUAGAGCCUAUUCUAUAUGCCCUUGGUGUGGGAAUGUCAACUAAGGAUCCAGAUCACCUAAAAUUUCUCUUUGAAGGAAGUGAAGACUUCUGUUGUUUACCUAGCUUUGGAGUAAUUCCUGCUCAGACUUCCAUGUUUGGUGGUGUUCCUUCUCUUCCAGGACUAAAUAUUGAUCUUGCAAAGAUGCUGCAUGGUGAGCAAUAUCUGGAACUGUAUAAACCAUUACCAACCUCAGGACAGUUAACUUCUGUUUCAACUGUUGCUGAUGUUCUUGACAAGGGAUCAGGAGCAGUCUUGCUUAUAGAUGUGAAUACCUAUUGUGGAAAGGACCUAGUGUGUUAUAAUCAGUUCUCUUUAUUUUUGGUUGGAGCUGGAGGUUUUGGUGGAAAACGGACAUCAGAAAAGGCCAAGGUAACAGGGAAUCCACCCAAGAGACCCCCUGAUGCUGUAAUUUCUGAUGUCACAACAGCUGAUCAGGCUGCCUUAUAUCGGCUGAGUGGGGAUUGGAAUCCUUUACAUGUUGAUCCAAGUUUUGCUGCUCUUGGAGGAUUUAAGAAGCCUAUACUUCAUGGACUAUGCUCCUUUGGAUUUGCUGCUAGAAAUGUUUUGAAGCAAUUUGCAAAUAAUGAUGUGAACAGAUUCAGAGCAAUCAAGGUUCGCUUUGCAAAACCAGUCUUUCCAGGUCAAACUUUACAAACAGAAAUGUGGAAGGAAGGAAAUAGAAUCCAUUUUCAGACCAAGGUCAGAACAUACUCACCAUG